AUGAUUAUCAAAACCUCGCUCGCAUCCCUGCUCUGCCUCCAGGGCGCCCUCGCGGCCACCGACUACCUCUCCAACGCCAAAGCGGCGGUGACGACCCUGCAGAAAUGGUACAACCCGAGCACGGGCCUGUGGGACACGACGGGCUGGUGGAACAGCGCCAACUGCCUGACGGUGCUGGCGGACCUGACCGCGCUGGACGCGAGCCAGCUGAGCCAGAACGCCGCCGUCUUCGCCAACACCCUCACGCGCGCCCAGGGGUCGACCGCCGCGCGCGCCGUGAAGCGAGACGCCUACGCCCGCGCGCGCCGCCUCACCCGCCGCGCCUACCCCGGCUUCAUCAACGACUACUACGACGACGAAGCCUGGUGGGCGCUCGCCUGGAUCCAGGUGUACGACCUCACCCAGGACCAGCGCUACCUGACCACGGCCGCGAGCAUCUUCACCGACAUGACCACGGGCUGGAACGCGACCUGCGGUGGCCUGUGGUGGGACAAGUCGCACACGCAGAACGGGGCCAUCGAGAACGAACUGUUUCUCAGCGUCGCGGCGCAUCUGGGCCGGCGGAUUCCGUCCCAGGCCGGGUACUACAAGGACUGGGCGGCGCAGAGCUGGAGCUGGUUUGCGCGCAGCGGGCUGAUCAACGAGCAGCACACGAUCAACAACGGGCUGGAUCUGGGGAGCUGCCGCAACGACGGGGGCACGGUGUGGACGUACAACCAGGGCGUGAUCCUGGGGGCUCUGGUGGAGAUGGCCCAGCUGUUCGGGGACGGGUCGUACGUGUCGACGGCGCAGCAGAUCGCGGGCGCGGCGAUGAGCGCCCUGAGCAAUGCGGACGGCGUGCUGACCGAGCCGUGCGAGCCGAAUUGCACGGGCGACGCGCCGCAGUUCAAGGGGGUGUUCAUGCGCAAUCUGGCGACGCUCUACAAGGCGGCGCCCAGUGAGCAGAUCCGCAGUUUCCUGCUGAAGAAUGCGGAUAGUAUCUGGGAGAAGGACCGGGGCGACGGCGAUGCGUUGGGGGGCACCUGGUCGGGCCCGUUUGCCAGCGCCGAUGCCUCGACGCAGAGCUCGGCCUGCGAUGCGCUGGUCGCGGCCGCUGCUGUUAGUCAAUGA